AUGCAGCUCCAAUCUGCAACACACUGCAAGGUGUCUGGCUUCAUUCUCAAUGAACGAUGCGCCUUGUCUUCGAAAAUGGAAGUCCAUCGUGAGCAGAGCAUUUGUCAGGCACGGGCGGCUGUCAUGGUCUAUGAUGACGCCAAUAAGAAGUGGGUUCCGGCGGGCGGCUCCACGGGCUUCAGCAGAGUGCAUAUCUACCACCACACCGGCAACAACGCUUUCCGAGUGGUGGGACGAAAAAUCCAGGACCAUCAGGUGGUUAUAAACUGUGCCAUUCCGAAGGGGCUCAAAUACAACCAGGCCACACAGACGUUCCAUCAGUGGCGUGAUGCCCGGCAGGUGUAUGGCCUUAACUUUGGCAGCAAAGAGGAUGCCAACGUGUUUGCCAGUGCCAUGAUGCAUGCCUUGGAGGUGCUGAAUUCUCAGGACGCUGGCCCCACGUUGCCAAGACAGAAUCAGGUGCAGAAUGGUCCAUCGCCAGAGGAGCUGGAGAUGCAGAGAAGGCAGCUGCAGGAGCUUCAGCGUCAGAAGGAGCAGGAGCGAGAGCGACUGGAGCGUGAACGCGUGGAGCGGGAGAUGCUGGAGCGGGAGCGGGAGCGUCAGGAAAGGGAACGUCUUGAGAGGGAACGUGCCGAGCAGGAACGUGCCGAGCAGGAACGGCUGGAGCGGGAAAGACAGGAGCAGGAGCAGCGAGAGAGAGAGAGGCAGGAAAGAGAGCGUGCGGAGCGAGAGGUGAUGGAGAGAGAGAGGAUGGAGAAACAGGAAAGGGAGCACCAGGAGCAGCUGGACAGAGAGCAGAUGGACUGGGAAAGAGGGAGACGCAUCUCCAAUGCCGCAUUUGAAAGUACCCUCUGUACCCCAUCACCCUCAGACAGCAACAAGACCACCAUCUCAUCUCCAUCAGCCCCCAACUACGCUCAGUCCACCUCAUCCCUCUCCACAGCCACUCCCCCCACCCCGCCCCUGCGUCAUUCUGCCUCCCGAUUCGCCACGUCGCUGGGCUCCGCCUUUCAACCUGUCCUGCCUCAUUAUGCCACAGUUCCCCGGCGACAGCCAGCCUCACCCUUGCCCACGCCCCCGGCACCCGCACCGGCUCCUGUCCCUCCACCAGCUCCACCCUCCAAAUCUGUGGUCUGGUCUGCCACUAAUUUCAGUCCACUUCCGCCCUCUCCCCCUGUUAUGAUCAGCAGUCCACCGGGCAAAGCCACUGGCCCUCGUCCAGUCAUCGCCAUCCCUGCCCCCAGCCCCCUCACCCAGAAACUGCACUCUCCCACUUCCCAUAAUGGGCCAUCUGGCCCCUCCCACAUCCAUACUCCAUCCCCGGUGCUGGGUCAGCCCAUGCCACCACCCCCGACUCCCCCACCCCCACCUCUGCAUCUUUACCCAUUUGCCAUCCCUUCAUCGCCCACCUCUUCCACCCCUCCCACGCCUCCCCUUGUGUCCUGUCCCUCACCCCGGGCUGCCGUUCUGCCUUCUCCCUCCACAGUCUGCCCUGCCUCUGCUGAGCACUCCUCAAACUCUGUGCUGGGAGACUACUGCUCCUCUGCUCCAGAGCCUCCGUCGCCGGCCUCUCAGCCUGCUGACUGCUGCCCCAGCCAGCCGGAUGCUGCACAAACUCUACCCACACCUCCACCCCCUCCUCCUCUUCCUCCAGGCUCCACUGUGACCCCCCCCACAGCCACUGCUGGCCCCCCAGCACCACCAGGGCCCCCUCCCCCGCCUCCUCCGCCCCUCCCACCCACGCUAACCCCAACUGGCCCGCCCCCUCCCCCUGGGCCCCCACCCCCACUGUCAGGGCAGGUCCCCCCACCCCCACUGUCAGGGCAGGUCCCCCCACCUGCACCACCCCCGCCUCCUGCGCCGCCUCUGCCCUCUGGCCUGUUCACCCCAUCGCCUACCACGGAUGAGAACCGGCCCCUGUCUGGCCUGGCAGCAGCCCUCGCUGGGGCCAAACUACGGAAGGUGCCACGGGCCGAUGAAGCCUCAGGUGGUGCUGCUGUUGGAGGUGUGGUUGGCGGCAAAGCAGAGGCACCACGAGGAAAUGGCCCUCUACCUGGAGGUGGAGGAUUGAUGGAGGAGAUGAGUGCUCUGCUGGCCAGAAGGAGAAGAAUUGCUGAAAAGGGAUCAUCACCAGAGCCUGAGCAAAAAGCCGAUGAGUCUGAGGUGACUGUAACCCCAAAAGUGUCGGCCUGUAGCACACCGGACAUGCCCAGAAAGCCUUGGGAGAGGACAAACACUAUGAAUGGUAGCAAAUCACCGGUCAUUGGAAGACCAAAGUCCACACCCACACCCACUGGAUCUCUAAGUGCCAAUGGGGUGCCAACAGAAGCUCUCGAUUAUGACAGGUUGAAGCAGGACAUAAUGGAGGAGAUGAGAAAGGAACUGUCAAAGCUGAAAGAGGAACUCAUCGAUGCGAUCAGGGAGGAACUGGGUAAAUCAAACUCUGCAUAGGAGAAUCAUUCAACCCUGUGCAAUCUCUCACACACAAGGCCUGUCACGUCAGGUCAUCCUUCAAUCCUGACACUGUUUUGGAAGCAUUGAGAAUGGAAAUUUACAAAAAAGAAAAAAAAAAAUCCAACAACAAACAAAUGAGCUUAAAAUGGUAAUAACAACAUUUGAAGCGUGGGCACUGCAGCAGUGGUCAGAUGCAAAACAAGGAGCAAGGAGCUAGUGAU